GGUGUGGCUCGCUGCGCCAUAGCUCGCCGGCUCCUCCCUCUCCCUGGCGGGUGCUGAACCGCAAGGUGCCGGGACUCCUGGAUUCCUGAGGGUCCACCUUAACACGCAGCCCCCGGCUCAGGGAGCCCCCCUCUAUGUUCCCAGCUGUCUCGGAUUGCCUUUGACCUUGGUCAGCUGCUGUGGUCAGUCUUUGCCUACCUGUUGCCAGGUGCAUUUCUGAAAUGGUGGGGGAGAAGCUGCAGAAGAACAAAUUUUCCUCAGUGAGGGAUUUGUUCUGAGGGCAUAAGGCUGUUUAUUUUUGUAGGAGACACCUCUCUGCUCUGUCUCUUCACCUGAAAGCCACCCUUGCAACCCUGCAUCACCAUGGUGCUCCGUGGUGGUCUACUAACCCGCAAAGAGGAACCAGUACCCUUGAAGAGCAUCUGUGUGACCUUGUCCAUUCGUGAGUUCGUGGCUGGUGUGUCUGCUACCUUAAACUAUGAAAAUGAGGAAGACGUUCCUUUGGAGACCUUCUUUGUGUUCCCCAUGGAUGAUGACUCAGCUGUCUACAGCUUUGAGGCCGUGGUGGAUGGGAAGAAAAUUAAAGCAGAAUUACAGGAGAAGAGGAAGGCCCACAGCAUCUAUGAGAGUGCCAUCAGCAACCGCCGCCAAGCUUUCCUAUUGGAGGAGGACAAGUACUCCAGGGACGUCUUCUGUUGCAACGUGGGGAACCUGAACCCAGGGUCAAAGGUGGCGCUCACCCUGAAGUCCGUGCAGGAGCUGCCCUUGGAAGCAGAUGGAGCCCUGCGCUAUGUGCUCCCAGCUGUUUUGAAUCCUCGAUACCGUGGCUCUGGAUCGUUUGAGGACAGUUGCCUUGAUAUGAAGCCUCCUGUAGUCCCUUUGGAGGACCUGCCCUAUACAUUCAGCAUGGUUGCCACCAUCAGUUCCCAGCAUGGCAUUGAGAGGAUCCAAUCCAACUGCCCCUUCAGUCCUACUGAAUACCUUGGAGAAUAUAAGACGUCUGCCCAGGUUUCCUUGGCUGAUGGACACAAAUUUGAUCGAGAUGUGGAACUCCUGAUUUACUACAGUGAGGUGCACACCCCCACUGUUGCUGUGGAGAUGGGGCAACCUAAAGACAACCCAGAUGGUUUCAUGAAAGAUCCGUCUGCGAUGGUGUGUUUCUACCCAAAUAUCCCAGAAGCUCAGUCACCAGUUAUCUGUGGAGAAUUUGUCUUCCUCAUGGACCGCUCAGGAAGUAUGCAAUGCCCCAUAAGUAAACAGGAUAAAUCUCAGCUGCGCAUAGAGGCAGCCAAGGAAACACUGCUUUUGCUGCUGAAGAGUUUGCCUAUAGGCUGUUAUUUCAAUGUCUAUGGAUUUGGAAGUUCCUAUGAGGCAUUCUUUCCGAAUAGUGUGCAGUACACUCAGCAGACCAUGGAAGAGGCACUGAGGAGAGUUAAGCUUAUGCAGGCUGACCUGGGGGGCACGGAAAUCUUGACACCGCUCCAGAUCAUUUACAGGGAACCUUCCAUUGCGGGCCACCCCCUUCAGCUUUUUGUCUUCACAGAUGGAGAAGUUACUGACACGUUUAAUAUAAUUAACGAAGUCAAGAGAAACAGGCUGAGGCACAGAUGUUUCUCCUUUGGUAUUGGAGAAGGAGCCUCUACCAGCCUAAUAAAAGGCAUUGCCCGGGUGGCAGGUGGCACUUCAGAAUUUAUCACAGGCAAGGACAGGAUGCAGUUCAAGGCUCUUAGGGCCCUGAAACGUGCUCUACAGCCUGCAGUAGAGGAUAUUUCUGUGAGCUGGGAUUUGCCUCGUGGCCUGUCUGCUAAAAUGCUUUCACCAGAACAGACUGUCCUCUAUAAGGGUCAGAGGUUAAUCGUCUAUGCCCUUUUGAGUGGGACCAUGCCUCCAGCAGAGGCGACAGGAGAAGUCAACCUCAAGUACACACUCCAGGGCAAGAGUUUGGAGAAUAGGGUGACAUUUUCUCUACAACCCAAGCCCGAUGACAACUUCACCAUUCACCGCCUUGCUGCCAAGUCCUUUCUCCAGGCCAAGGACAUGGGCUUCAGGGAUACUCCAGCAAAAGAUAAAAAAGAUGUGCUGAAAAUCAGCAUUGAUUGUGGAGUCAUAAGCUCCCAGACAGCCUUCAUUGCGGUCAACAAGAAUGUCAACAAGCCAGUUCAGGGGCCCCUGACUUGUAGGGAUGUUCCAAGGCCAAUUCUGUUUGGUGCAGCUUCAAUGAUGCCACAAUACCAUGGAUGUGCUCUUCCAAAUGCCAAGUCCUCCUACUUUUCCCCUGCAUCUCAGCCCACACGGACCAGUCGUUAUGUGGGUAUGCCAGAUCGGCAGGAUGGUUGCAAACCCUGUAAGCCCAUGGUUAGCAAGGACCUGUGCGCUCUAGUCUUUGGAGAUAAUCAUCUUGUGCAGCUGAUUUCCCUCCAGAAUGCAGAUGGUUCUUGGUAUCUGGAUGAAAAUCUGGCUGGGAUCCUAGGUAAAAGUUUGGAAGACUUACUGGCUGCAGUCCCUGUCAAGGAUGCAAAUUCCUCAAGCUGGGCCACAGUCCUGGCAGUGGUCUGGCUGCAUUCCAAUGCUAAGCAAAUGAAGGGUGAGUGGGAACUUCUGGAAAAGAAGGCCAGAACCUGGAUUCACAUCCAUGCAGCCUCCAUCAUGCAAGAGCUUGUGAAAGCUGCUAUUGUUUUCACCAAGUCGUCCGUGGACCCCUCCAUCUUUGCCCUCUGAGGACACUGUCCAGAAAAACAAGUGUCUCUCCCACGCUACUGCUCUUUGCUUUAUGCUCUCCUGCUGUGGUAUUAUUUUUGUAUUUUACCUUGAUCCUAUCAGUUUCUUGCCGUCAGAGUGAAGGAUGCGCACAUCCCACCUUGCCUCUCUGUUCCAGGUUCCCUUUGGGUGGAAGGUGGAUGAUCCACCUUCCCCAGCAUACCCUCAGCCCAGCGUCAGUGGUCCCAGAAUCUGUUCCCUUUCUUGGAGGGAUUUCAAGUGUUCUUAGGCAGUAACGUUCCUCCCAGGUUUUCCAGAGUGACCACAUGAAAAACAGGUGGCGUGCAUGCCACACCGAAGGGUACAGCACUGAUGUUAGGGAUGCCUGAAUAAGAGGAUGCUGUGCAUUAUAUUUAUCUAUUCCCUUUGAUCUUAUAUACUUAUCAGGACCAGACAGGUGAGCUAUCCAAUUUUCUAUUCUAAGAUAGGAUGGAGAAUUGGAGGGGAGGUUGAAAGCCAAUACUGGGAUCAAUAUAACCUCAAGAUCACGAAGAGAGAGACUCCAGGGGUCCACUGUGAGAGAUGGCACUGCUGCUGGUCUUCUUGGUUGAUUCUCUUUGGAUUUUGCUAGCCAAAACCCAUGCCUUCCCUCUCACUGCCUAAGGGACUGGAUUGAAUCAUCAUUGUUUGAGACAGAUGUUUCUCCUGAAUUGUUUAACAUCUCAGUGAGAAGGUGAUAAUGAAAUCUUCAGUCCUGGCCUGAACCCAUGAGGCCUCUAAGCGGGCUCUGAUCUGUAAUAAAGAUAAGGGACAGGACACGGUGUGGGUUUAAAAAAAGUGGGUUUAAAGGCAGCUUUGCCUGAGACCUGAGCCUGGAUCACUCAGCCCAUGAGGAAGAAAGGAAUUCCCCAUGAUUGUUUCUGAGCUUUGUCCUACAUACUCUAUCCUAGUGGAAAUGACCUGUUUGAUGUCCCCCCAAAUACUAUUGUAUUAAUAUUAAAAUGAUUAUAUCUAUACUGCA